GGAAAAUCCUUACAGCCCAGCCUCGCUCAUUUGGUACAUCGGACCGCGACCAACACCCGUCGCAAGUCAAGUCGCGGCAGUUCGCUCGGCCUGCCGUUCCGAUUUAUAUAUCGGAGGGGACUCCUCGUCUCUGAGCUCUCCUCAUCAGCCGCCGCACUCUCCCGUCGCCGCCCCCCUGCCUGCCCUUCGACAUCGCCAUCGUCUCGCACGCCCGUCCAAGCUCCGCCGGCCCUCUGCCGCGUCUCCACGAUGCCGAACACGCCCCCACCCGCGUUGUUGCCGCCGCCCGAGGGCAUCUUCCGGACCUUUGAGGACCUCAUGGCGUCGGUGCAGCGUGUCGCCAAGGACCAAGGGUACGGCAUCGUCAAGCUGCGCGCCUCAAACUAUCGUGACGGCAAGCCAACGCGCUACGACCUCGUCUGCGACCGAGGCGGCGUCAAGUACAACAGCACCGCCAAGAAGCGCAAUCCCUCGACGCGCAAAAUCGACUGCCCUUUUCGCGCCAAGGCCGUCUGCGAGGUCCAACUGGGGAACCAGUGGCGGUUUGCGCUGCAGGAGCCGCGCCAUAACCACGAGCCGCGCGUGCCAUCCGGGACGCCCGGACAGGAGAACGCGCCGCUCGCCACGACGAUCCGAUCCUUCACAAACAAGCUCGACCGCUUGAGCCACGACAUGGCGCAGAGCUUCAUGCGGAUAGAGCAGAGGCUAGAUAACAUCGAGAAGCGUAUGGAGAAUCUCGAGGCUCGCGCCGGCUCCUACGAACCCCGUUUCCAGGCCGUCGAGGGCCGGUUGCAGGGCAUGGAGGGCGCGCGCAUGGACGGUCUCGGCAUGGACGACGUGGAAUCGCGCCUGCUGGCCUCGUCAGUCAUGUAGGGAGAUGACCGGAGCGCGCAGCACAUGGCGGGAGUGGGCGUCGGAGAAGCGCUGGGGGACACGGAGACUGACGACAGAAGCGCGUCGGUGUGGGCGUCGUCGGGGAUGUGACACGAGCAGCCAUUUGCCCUGCGCCACACGGACGGGACCCCGGGGUCGUCGAGUUGGACGGCGUCGGAAUAGGGACGCACAGGUCCUGUAUGCGGGGGUGAUGUCUGAUACCACGGCAGGGGCGGCAUCAGGGAGGGAAAGUUCCCAGACGGGUACCACUAGGGAGAGGCUAUCACGGGCGUUCCGGAAUCACACACCACCAUUGUUUGUUCAGUUUGCUUGGCACGGGGUCUUGCGGUUCAGGGAUUUGCUUUCUUUUUUUGUUAUGUGGUCGCCAACGAGUGCGCGUGCAAAAUACGUUGAUGGGGGUUCCAGGUUCGUCCACAGACUGGUGGGUUUUGGUUGUUUGCGCAAAGAGAAAGAGAGAGAAGAGG